AUGGGAACAGCCGGGCUGCGCAAGCUGCAGCUACUGCUCCUGCUGGGCGCUUGGAGGGCGCUUGGAGGUGCCGCGCGAUGCCGCGUCACCCUGGUUUUGUCCCAGCAGAAGGCGACUGGUGCCGUCUGCAGGAGCUCAGAAGUCACCCAAGACAGCGAACUGGCCACGCUACGCAUGCGCCUGGGUCGCCACGAGGAGCUGCUGCGCGCGCUGGAAAAGCGCGCGGCGGAGAGUGGUGCGCUCGCGGGCGAGGUGCGCGCGCUGCGAGAACACAGUCUCAGCCUGAACACGCGCCUGGGCCAGCUGCGCACGCAACUGAAGCAGGAGGAGGGGGCGGAGCCUGACCUGGGGGCGGAGCCUGCUGCCGCGCUUGGUUUGCUCGCGGAGCGCGCGCUGGACGCUGAGGCCGAAGCGCGCCGGACGACCGCGCGCCUGCAGCAGCUGGACGCACAGCUCCGUGAGCAUGCGCAGCUCAUGAGCCAGCAUAGCAGCCUCCUUGGUCGCCUGCAACGCGCGUGCGCGGGCCCGGACCGGGGACAGCAGCAGGUAGUCCUGCCACUGCCCCUGGUGCCUUUGGUUCCUCUGAGUCUAGUGGGCAGUGCCAGCAACACCAGCAGGAGGCUGGACCAAACUCCAGAGCACCAGAGAGAGCAGAGCUUGAGACAGCAGGGGCCUCCAUCUUCUCCGCUGCCCACAGGGCACCUUGCUGUCCCCACCAGGCCAGUGGGUCCAUGGAGGGAUUGUGCAGAGGCUCACGGGGCAGGUCACUGGCAGAGUGGAGUGUAUGAACUUCGGCUGGGCCGUCGUGUGGUGUCCGUGUGGUGUGAACAGCAGCAGGAGGGUGGAGGCUGGACCGUCAUCCAGAGGCGGCAGGAUGGCUCUGUCAACUUCUUCACCAACUGGCAGCACUACAAGGUGGGCUUUGGGCGGCCGGACGGAGAGCACUGGCUGGGCUUGGAGCCCGUGCAUCAAGUGACUAGCCGUGGGGACCACGAGCUGCUGAUACUCCUAGAAGACUGGGGGGGCCGUGGGGCACGCGCCCACUAUGACAGCUUCUCCUUGGAACCCGAGAGUGACCACUACCGUCUGCGGCUUGGCCAGUACCAUGGUGAUGCUGGAGAUUCCCUCUCCUGGCACAAUGACAAACCUUUCAGCACUGUGGAUAGGGACAGAGACUCAUAUUCGGGUAACUGUGCCCUGUACCAUCGUGGGGGCUGGUGGUACCAUGCCUGUGCCCACUCCAACCUCAAUGGUGUAUGGUAUCAUGGAGGUCAUUACCGGAGCCGAUACCAAGACGGGGUCUACUGGGCCGAGUUCCGUGGUGGGGCGUACUCUCUGAAGAAGGCUGUUAUGUUAACCCGGCUUGUACGGUUGUGACU